CAUCUUCCCACUAUAAAUUUAGGGCCCCUGUGCCACUAGGGUUUUAUCCUCCGUGCGUUUCGUUCUUUCUAGGUCACAAUGGGCGUGUACACUUUCGUCUGCAGAAACUCAGGCGGCGUGUGGAGCGCUAAGCAGACUACUGGUGAUCUUGAAGGGGAGGCUUCGUCGACGUACGAACUCCAGCGGAAUCUCGUGCGGGCUGCGGCGGCUACGGAUUCAUCCGGCGGCGUGCAGUCCUCUUUCUCAUAUGUCACUCCUUCUUCUGCUGUUUUUCAGGUUAUCAUUGGUGGCGGUGGAGGCGGCGCAUUCAUUGGUAGCGGUGGCGCUUCGGCUGCUGUAUCUGCUCAUGGCGGCAGUGCUGCUGCAGCUCCUGAGGCACCUCCUGCUGAGGAAAAGAAGGAAGAAAAGGAAGAGAGUGAUGAGGAUAUGGGAUUCUCCCUCUUUGAUUAAGUCCUUUUCACUAGUUUCUACUAUUUAUGAAUCAUUCUCCUGAGAACACGUCUUCAUCGGUUUGAAAUUUUAAGUUCACUUCUUUAUUGUGCUGACAAGAUUUUUUUGAAUUCCUUUGCUUAUGUUGCUCUAUAAUGAGUUUGAGACAUUAUUUCACGGUUGUAGUUUUGAAAAUUUUGAUUGUUUUCAAUUGUUUUACCGCACUGGUAGAACUCAAUACUCACAUCCAAAAUAUCAAAUUCACGAGAAAA